AUGGACGCUCAGUAUCCUUUUGCUUCGCGCGACGACAUUUGGCGCGUCUUUGAGGAGUUGAAGGAACUUCACGCUGCGCAAUUUGAGCAGGCGGAGCGGAUUGCACGACUGGAAAGACGGAGGGAUGAGGAUGCGAGGCUGAAAAGUGUUUGGGGUCCUUUGUCACCGUUUCCUACUUCUAUCGGGGGUACCAUAUCAACAGAGCCAGUCUUUCACGCCCCCGCUGACGCCUUCAAAGGGUUCGAUCAGGGCCAGCACCACGGAAUGGCGAAUACAAUGGGUCUCGAGAGCGAAGACGAACCGAGGAGAGGAACAUCCAGAGCGAAUAGUGUCCGGUUCGAUGAAAGUGCUAUUCAUGGUUAUUAUGGACAAGCCAGCCGAUCUACCAGCGAGCUGCCGCUGAGGACAGGGAGCGGCAUGGGAAGCCAUCCACUCACCGAACGCUCACUGUCCCACCGGUCUGAUGGCCGACAGAGCUCUUCCGGGCAUUCGCAUCACUCGGCUCGGACGAAUAGUCUAGGGCUGGAGACGACGAGCCGCAUAAUGGGCUCGUCCGUCGGUGGCUCUCCUCUGAUACCCCCGCCGGGUCUAUUCCUCCUUGGCCCUGUGCCGUGUGUCAUUCGAUGUUGGUUGACGACCAAUUUUUCAAACGACUCGCUUCUGUAUGCUGCUGCCUGUUCAGGAUCGUAUGCCUCGACGCUUGGGUAUCCGAUGGUGCAGAAGCUCGGCUUGGGAGAUCUUGUAACCCUGGAGGAUGGCGUACGGUUCAUAAAGCUUCCGAUGUAUCUCCCGGAGGCCAGCGUUCACCAGGCCUCGUCUCGUCCCAACAGCCCGGUUCCUCAGCUUCCCACCCUCACCAUCCGCUUUCUUGUUCGGGAUGUGGAAUCCAACGACCAUUCCAUUCAGAUUAUCCUCGGGAGUGAUGUGCUCCGCUCGCAUAAUGCGGACAUUUUGUUCUCUCAGGACAAGAUCAUCAUGGUAGAUGACGAAAGGAACAAGAUUUCCAUUCCCCUCGUGCGGCCAGAGGAUGACUCCGUGUUCAAGUCUCUCUACACUGCAUCAGAUUGCUCGCGCCGUGAACGCUCAACAAGGCAGGCUUUUGAAAAGGGGCCGACAGAUGUGAGCGGCGAUUCCGGAGUCGGGGUCAUCGGAGAGCCGAGUCGAUCGCGACGAUCUACCUCUGCGUCUACCACCGCAAGAGCAUCCACCGAAGAACCUGAUGAAAGCCGAAAGACACAUUCAUCGGGUUCUCACGACGGGUCCCCGGUGACUGAAGCUCAGGAAGACCCAGGCAAGUCCUCCUCGACGAUCGACUUUCAGGCCAAUGAAGGCGCCAAGCCUGAAACUGCAGGUGUCUGGAGUGCAUGGAGACGGGAUACCAAAAUGGACCCGGCAUCGUCCAGCACGAGCAAGCCAUCUCGGGGCCGUACGAUGAAAGUUCUACGGCCGACCAAGUCUUCUACACGAGUGCCAACAGCGUCAAGCGGUGCCGGUACUGACGCGGGGGCAUCUCCUCAGCCAACGUCCUCCCGAGCGUCCCCAGACGAAAGCCGGACCGGCAAACAGUUGGCUCCGAAUCCCAUCGGCGGGGCUUCUGCGUUUGGCUGGCUUAAUUCAUCUCAGCCCCCUAAACGCGUUGUAACAAUGCCUAAAUGA